AUGUCGACCACUACCGUGGCGCGGCCUGCAGCCGCUUCUACCCUUGCACCAGAAGGCGAACGGUUCCUGAGAUGCUGCGCUGAUAUUGCCAAUGCGCUCAUUGAGGACUAUGAGGCCGCUGUACGCGACCCAAAACACCGGAAAGAUGUCAACCUGAACAGUCUGCGAGGCAAAUUCUCUCGCAAGCACAAGUUGAAGAAAAUCCCACCUUUGACUGCCAUCAUAGCCGCCGUUCCCGAGCAUUACAAAAAGUACAUCCUGCCAAAGCUCAUUGCGAAGCCGAUUCGAACCUCUUCUGGCAUCGCUGUUGUUGCCGUCAUGUGCAAACCGCACCGAUGCCCCCACAUCGCAUACACAGGCAACAUCUGCGUUUACUGCCCCGGCGGCCCCGAUUCAGACUUUGAGUACAGCACACAAUCAUACACCGGUUAUGAGCCAACUUCAAUGCGAGCAAUCCGUGCUCGCUACGACCCGUUUGAGCAGGCUAGGGGUCGUGUGGACCAGUUGAAGGCUUUGGGACACUCGGUGGACAAGGUUGAGUACAUCAUCAUGGGCGGUACUUUCAUGUCCUUGCCGGAGUCAUACAGGGAUGACUUUAUUUCGCAACUACACAAUGCCCUGAGCGGUUAUCAGACGUCAAACGUCGAUGAGGCUGUUGAGGCCGGCGAGAUGAGCAAUGUCAAGUGCGUCGGCAUCACGAUAGAGACCAGGCCCGACUACUGUCUACAGCCACACUUGUCCAGCAUGUUGAGGUACGGCUGCACGCGGUUGGAAAUAGGAGUGCAGUCCUUAUAUGAGGAUGUGGCACGCGAUACCAACAGGGGUCACACGGUAGCAGCAGUGGCUGAGACCUUUUGUUUGGCCAAGGACGCAGGCUUCAAGGUCGUGAGCCAUAUGAUGCCUGACCUGCCUAAUGUAGGCAUGGAGCGAGAUGUGGAUCAGUUCCGCGAGUACUUUGAAAACCCAGCUUUCAGAACAGAUGGUCUGAAAAUCUACCCGACGCUGGUCAUCCGCGGUACCGGCCUUUACGAACUUUGGAGGACAGGACGAUACCAAAACUAUACACCCAACGGGCUUAUAGAUUUAGUGGCUCGGAUUCUCGCACUGGUUCCACCGUGGACACGUAUUUACCGUGUCCAGCGUGAUAUCCCAAUGCCUCUUGUCAGCUCGGGUGUAGAGAACGGCAACUUGCGGGAGUUGGCUCUGGCGCGGAUGAAAGACUUUGGUACAACAUGUCGUGAUGUCAGAACGAGGGAGGUUGGCAUCAACGAGGUCAAGCACAAGAUACGGCCGAACCAGGUCGAGCUCGUGCGUCGUGACUACGUUGCCAAUGGCGGCUGGGAAACCUUUUUGGCAUACGAGGACCCUAAGCAGGAUAUUCUUAUCGGCCUGUUGCGGCUGCGUAAAUGUACGGAGAAGUAUACUUUCCGCGAGGAGCUGACGGGUCAGCCGACAAGUCUUGUACGGGAGCUGCACGUCUAUGGCACCGCGGUACCGGUGCACGCACGAGACCCCAAGAAGUUCCAGCAUCAGGGUUUUGGCACUCUGCUGAUGGAAGAGGCAGAGCGCAUCGCCCGUGAUGAGCAUGGCAGUGAAAAGAUAAGCGUCAUUUCGGGUGUCGGCGUCCGCAGUUACUAUAAGAAGCUGGGAUACUGGCUCGACGGGCCGUAUAUGAGCAAAUGGCUCGAUGGGAGGCCAGGUAAUUAG